GGCUAACUACGAGAUGCGAUUUGAGAGUGACGUCAAACAUGUAAUUCGAGGUAACGCGGUGCUACUUCAAUGUCCAGUCCCAUGACAUAUGGGAGACUUCCUCAGUGUCACUUCGUGGCAUCGAGCCGAUGGCUACGUCAUCACGAGAAGCACUUACGGAGAUCGCUACUUGAUGACAUCUUCCGGCGAUUUAUAUGUUCAGGAAAGCCAGAAGCUGGACACGGAGGACAUGAGGAAGUUUAAGUGUCAAGUCGAGGAUCAAUUCAACAAAAGACGCUCAACAACGAUCAAUUUCAUCAAACUUAUGGUACUCGAGCCGGUUCAAAAUCAGGUUCCGGUAGUAUCGUACCAUAGUAAGAAGGUGGUCACUGAAGUAGGAAAGCUUACUCAUUUCGUCUGUUUGUCUGAGGGAUUUCCUGUUCCGAGCUACCGGUGGUACCGAAAAAAGGAGGAAAAAUUAUUACCGAUCACAUCUGCAACAAUCGAGCAGUUGCAUGGCGUUCUUCAGUUUAACGCACCCGAAGUACUUGACACCGGAAAUUACGUCUGCAUGGUGUUUAAUGAAGUCGGAGAGACCCAAGUGACUAUGAAGCUUAUUGUUAGAGGCAACCAGCUGCUUACGAUUUCCCCGAGCUUCCUGCGCAUCGAGAGCGGACACACCGCCUCGUUCUACUGCAACGUUACGGCCAUGUUUAAUCCAAUGGACACGGACGACUUUGGAGUUGAGUGGAGGUUUAAUGGACGAAGAAUUACUUCGUCAGGGCGUAUUAAAGAGGCAACCCGCUACUCACUGCAGAUUAAUGGAGUCACCCGCCUCGACCAAGGCAUGUACCAGUGCCUCGUCAACGAGAAAAGUGGCUGGCUUCAGGCCACUGCUGAGCUUCAUAUUGGGGAGCAAGCGCCCUCGUUGACGUCCGUGUUCCGCGAGCAAACGAUUCGGCCGGGGAAUUUUAUCUCCCUUAAAUGCGUGACGUCUGGAGACCCGUUACCAACAAUCAGCUGGAGAUUGGACGGUUUUUGGAAGCUUGAAAAUGGACCUAGGAUGCGCAUUCGAAGUUUUGAGACCCAGAUACCAGGGGAGCUGGUUAGCUUUUUGAACGUCUCACUUGUAGAGGUACGGGACUCCGGAGCUUACGAAUGCAUUGCCAGCAACUACGUAGGAAGUACAAGCCACAGCGCACGACUCAAUGUCUACGGCUCGUUAUUCACGCGCCAAACCCUGACCAACAUGACCGCUCUAGUCGGAAGCACGUUCGAGCUUCAGUGUCCUUUUGGGGGCUACCCCUUCGAUUCUGUCAGCUGGUCAUUAGAAGGUAAUCGCUUGCCGGUUAGCCAGCGGCAGGUAGUACACAUUCAGAAUGGGACUCUCCAUAUUCAUGGGGUGGAUAGGAACGCCGACCAGGGAAGGUAUCAGUGCACCGUACAAAGUGGCGACAAAAACCAUCAGGUCCGCCAUAUUAUCACGGUCACGGUAAAAUCCGGUCCCCAGAUUACGCCGUUCAAUUUCCUGCCCAACCUCCAGGAAGGUAUGCGGGCGGGCAUUUCAUGUUUGGUGCAUUCUGGCGAUCCCCCCGUUGACAUCACGUGGUACAAGGACGGACAGUUGAUCCCGCAGCACGACACGCCGGAGAUGGCCUUCUUGGGAUCCGAUGACGGCUUCCUGUCAACACUCACUCUUAAGAAACUCACUUCAAAACACAAUGGCAACUACACAUGCCGAGCCACGAAUGACUAUGCUUACGCGGAGCACAGUACGCAGUUAGUCGUCAAGGUGGUGCCCAAAUGGCGCGUUGAACCCAGAGACACGAUCGCUAUCACUGGAAGAAGCGUCUCAAUCGAUUGUCAGGCGACAGGCGUACCUCAGCCGCACAUCCGCUGGAAAAGCGCUUCAGAACCUAAAUCAGAUACUUCGACGGCCCAGUACAGAACAAUUAUCAGUAACUCCCACAUCCACAUUCUCAUGAAUGGAACGCUAACCAUCCGCUCGGUAGAAGCCCGCGAUGCGGGGCUUUAUCUCUGUGAAGCGAACAACGGAGUCGGCUCGGGUGUUAGCAGAGUGAUUAAGCUCUCCGUGAAAAGCGCUCCUCAGUUUGAUUCGAAACAAAGCCGCAUCUCUGCGAAGCGCGGCUCAUCGGCUGUUCUUGAAUGUAAGGUUAAAGGCGAUUCGCCGAUAACGUUCCACUGGUUUAAGGAUGGCCAGCCCGUCGAUCUCGGAAGGCAUGCUCGAUAUGCACAGACGAUGACAGAUCGUCUCGGUAACUUUUCUCUAUCCCAAGUAACUGUUUCAUCUGUUGAACGUUCAGACAACGCUGUGUUUACGUGCCAGGCUAGCAAUGAUUACGGCACAGAUAGCACUAGCGUUCGCCUAAUCGUACAAGAUGCACCGGAUGCACCGACGUCAUUAGAAGUAAAGGAAUUAGGUUCUCGACAGAUUCAACUGUUGUGGAAACUACCCUUUAGCGGAAACGCCGCCAUUUCUCAAUGUACAGUACAGUGGCGUUCCGAUAACGGAUUGUGGCAUGAUUCGGCCACGGUAGGCGGCGAUGAACGGCAAGCCACAAUCCGAGGUCUUAAACCUACAACAAAAUACUGGUUUAAGGUACGCUGCCAGAACAUGUUUGGCGUCAGCGAAUUUAGCAAUGAGUACGAGAUUGUUACUUCGGAGGAACCUCCACGAAUGCCGCCGCAGACCGUAAAGUUACAAGCGCUCAACACACAUGCAAUUUCCAUCUCGUUUGAUACGCCGCAUGGUACAGAAGAUGAAGGCAAAGUAGAGGGGUAUUACAUCGGUUAUCGAAUAGCCGCACUCGAUCAGAACACCAACCCACAGUAUAAUUUCAAGACGUUCAGCUUAUUACCUGAAUACUUGAAGCCGCGAGUUACAUUUGAACUGGACGGACUGCGGAAGAACACCGAGUACACUAUUCACGUACAGCCAUUCAACGCUAAAGGAGCUGGGCCAUCGAGCGCCAACUUUAAAGUCAAAACUCUGGAGUUUGAUCCACCAAAUCCGCCAAAGGUGACAGUGACCUCGACAACAUCAAAAUCGAUUACCAUCUCUUGGGAAGACGCCGAACGAUCCAAUCAACCUGAAGCUGGGCCUAUUCGAGGCUAUUAUAUCUACUACCGAGCUGACAAUGAGGAAUGGCACGAAGUGGCGAUCACGGGCGAACGAAGAAGUUUCACGUUAACGGAGCUGCGUUGUGGCACCCAGUAUCAUAUAUAUAUGAGAGCCAGCAACUCGGCCGGCAAAGGCCCCGAGGGAAGUACUAUUUCGACGCGAACCAACGGAGGACGUGCCACUUUGCCAGAGGAGCAGCUGCUCCUUGCUACAAAUUCAACAUCUGUCCAGCUCCACCUCGACGCAUGGGGUCAUAAUGGCUGUCCAAUUUCGUACUUCGUUGUCCAGUACAAAGAGGAGGGCAAACGGGACUGGAUACUGUAUUCGAAUAACGUACUUAUGCCACAAGCUGGCCAGCAUCUAAGCAGUCAAGUAACCAUCGGUGAACUGCAGCCUGGGUCGUGGUAUAAUUUACUCAUGUCGGCCCAUAAUGAUGCGGGUGAAACUCAAGUGGAGCUCAGUUUUGCGACGCUCACACUUAACGGAGAAUUGCCCCCUCGGCGAUCGGAAGUCCGUGGCGUGGUGUCGCCUGGUGUAUACACUCACCUAACCAUCACCCUGCCCAUUCUCAGUUGCAUCGUCGUUAUCGCAGCUCUUUGUGCAGCAGUGUGCUUUAUUGCUAAAAAAAAGGCCUUCCAUGAGACUGCCAGUGGAGAGGGGGACAGCAGUAUGUACGAGCAGUCAAAAUGUGACGGAAUCUAUCAGACGGUUAAUCGACAAACCGCUGAGCCUAUUUACUACCCGGCGCCUGGUAUGGGCGGCAUGGGAGAACGUAGCGCUUCUAAUGAUGUCCUGGCUGGUACAGGAUCCGGUGGGGGCAUGUUCGCCGCAACUGGCUAUGACAUUCCCCAGACGCAUCGCACCUAUGAGAUGCCCUACCUCAACAAACGCUGUAUGGCCAAGGCUGAUUCGGCCCAGCAGCAGGCCAUCAUGCAGACCUGCUUGCAGUCGGGACAAGCUGUCAUCGCACCUACUGGAACCUUGUCGAAGUGUUCGAUGGUGCAGCCGGGCAGCGCCACUCUGGGCCGUGUCAAGAUGGCCAGCCAGUCGACGUUAGGGGGGCACACUUUGAAGCAACAGCAGCACGUAUCAGUUCACCAGCAUCCUUAUCAGCAUUCGCACAGCCACCAACACCCUCACCUCGGGGAACCCGGCGGCUCUCCACAGCAUUGGAGGAGUCACAGCAACGGGCCACAAUUGCAGGCGCAGCAACAACAGCAACAGGCCCAGGGGCAACAGCAACAACAUCAGCAGCAACAGCAGCAACAACAGCAGCAGCAGCAGCAGCAAACACAGCACGGCACCCUGUCCAGUCAAGCGCUCCAGCAGAUGCAACAUCAGUCCAUGCAGGGGGCUAUGUGCUCCACGCUCAAGUCGACUCAACCUCACCAAGCACGCGAUGGGUACGUGCCGACCAGCUUGCAACUCACCUAUAAUCAAGCUUCAGAGAGUGACGAGGAUAUCGGCGAAUUGAAGGUGCGCGCUUCCGAAUUUCGGGUCGCAACUCUGAAGCGUGGCUCGCUGGGUAUGUGGAAGGCCGCUGAAGGUUUCGAUACGUAGCACAUCCACCCGCCGGAAACGAAACCGGCCACAUCAACAACGGCGAUGGAAGUCACAACAGGCCCAUCCUAUCACCAGAGUUUAUUUUGAUGUGCUUACCAUGUCUGAAUACUUUGCGUCGUUUAGCCUGCCGUAGCCGUAAAGCGUGCAAUGGCCAGAAACAACGAUGUUGAGUGUCUAUCGAGGCUGAUUGGAUUGAUGUACAAAAGAAGAGAGUAACUAAAAUAAACAGAGAGAUAAACAUUAAAAAAAAAAAAAACACAAAUCUAAUUGCAAUGCAAAGUCAGGCAGCAUUAUGUGGUAUCGAUGCGGAUAAGUGGCACCCGUGAAUCGACAAGACAGCAAUUUCAAUUCAACAACAAACGAUGUACGUCAAAUUUGAUCGGAUUCUGUCCUAUCGACUCCGGGCGGUGAUACCUGCCCGAAGUGCCCGGGUGUUUUAAGCUGAGACCCGCGAUGCCUGUUGUAAAUAGCGUCACCGACGAGGUUCGAUGUUCGCGAAUGGAGCGUGUGUAUGUAUGUGUUUAAGUGACGAAAAGAAAAAGCUCUACAUUCACAUGAGCUAAAAGAGAUGGACAAACACACUAUUGGAGAAAAUAAAGAAGCCAACAAAAAAUGUGCCGUGCGAUGUGUGUACACUUUGUUAGGGCUCCGGAAGGUUACUAGAGGGAUCCGGCGUUAGCGUUCGCCAGGCCUCCGGAGUAUCGCUCAAAUUCUAAGCGUAUGAGGGUGGUACAGAUGGAGGUGAUAGGAUUGUGAAGAGAGAGAGUGAAAGUGAUGAUGGAACGAAUAAGAGACAGUUGAAACAAGUGACCGAGCGAGGAAUAGAAGAAAAGGGUUUUCAAGAGAAGGACGCGUGAUGUAACUUCGACUGUCUGUGUGGUCUGAUCGAAAGUGAAGGAUGGACUGUGUCAGAAAU